GCAUAUAAUGUCAUUACAGUAGUUUUUUCGUGCAAAUGUCAUAAAAAUCGUAAAAAAAGUCUAGAAAAAUCACAAAGCAUUCAAGUCGUGGAGCUGAAAUAUAAAAUAAAAAAAACCUUCUCAUCAUCGAAACAUUGAUACCCAUUGAGGAGAGCUCCUAAUGGCAGGCCCGUUCAUAUCGCCGCUGCCCGGCGAUCUGCUCACGGAGUACAUGUUUGGCCGUAGGCGACAACGCCGGAACCGGACGACCUUCACGCCACAGCAGCUGCAGGAGCUGGAGGCGCUGUUCCAGAAGACCCACUAUCCCGACGUGUUCCUGCGCGAGGAGGUCGCCCUGAGGAUCAGCCUCAGCGAGGCACGCGUCCAGGUGUGGUUCCAGAAUCGCCGUGCCAAGUGGCGCAAGCAGGCGCGACUGCAGCUGCUCCAGGACGCCUGGCGGAUGCGCUGCCUCAGCCUGGGCACGCCCCCCGUCAUGGGCGGCGGAGCGGUGCAGGGGGGGUCCGGCAACGGAGCUCCGGCUCGACCGCCCAGCCAAACGCCGGAGAAUCUCUCCUCCGCCAGCAAGGAUUCCGAGCUGGCGGAGGUGAGUAAUGGACCCAGUGCGGGGAGCUUCACCAUGAUGCACCCGGCAUUCCAGCAGCAGCAGCAACAGCAGCAGCAUCAGCAACAACAGCACCAGGGACACCAGCAGGCCACGGAUCAGGAGAAGCUAUCAAAGACCUAUACAGAAUUAAAGCUCUAUAAGGCGCCGACGCACGGCAUGGAACUGGGCGGAAUGGCCGCCCUAUCCGGACACUCCGACGAGGGCUCCGAUGGGUCCGAUUCCGAGGAGAUCGAUCUCACCUCCGGCGCCUGUAUCGAUUUCUCGCAGAGCAGCAAGCUCCAGCAGCAGCAACAACAACAACAGGGUAAUCAGGGGGCGGCGGGAUCAGCGGAGGCGAAUGGAGUCCUGUAGACAAGGACUAAUGUUAAGGUACGGACAGAUACAGAGAUACGGACACGGCUGCGGAUGCGGACACAGAUACUGAAACUCACACUUGUGCAGUGCACUGCCCCAUUCGAUGAUUCGAUCUGAUAUUCCCUAAAGCUCUGAUAUUUCAAAACUGGAAAACCCAUUUCGGGGGCAUAUCCUAAACGUGUGUAAGUCUAGAAGUGGUUUCCUCUGUUCCUCGAUUUUCACUUGAAAAAAACAUAUUUCCUUAAAUCACUUUAAUGGUAAAUUUGUAAGUUGAAUACAAAGCAUUUGGAAUAUCCUACAUUUCAAUUUCGGGCGCAAACUGUACACACAAAUAUGGCAAUGUAUAUAACGGACAUUUAAUGUGCAUUUUAUUUAAUCAAU